AUGAUACCUUCUCUUGCCGGUGGCAUAACUGUAAACUACUUACCGCAGCAUAUUGUUCGCACGCAAGGGAUUGGACUAUUCAAUAUGUACAUCGAGUUUCUCAUACGGCGCGCACGAAGUCCUUUCAUUGUUAAAAUGCGUAACUCAAAAAUGUUUGCCACUGUUUGUUUCAUGAUACUAAGUUCUGGAAUUAUGGCGGCACGGCAACUUCUCCAGCUUGAUCGCUUUUGGUUCGCUAGCGUCGAUGGUGCAAAUGGCCAUUCUCAUCGGGAGAAUAACACAAAUGGAACGCGAUUGCUACCUUCAAUAAGUUGCCAACGGAACUUACUUUACGAAGUAAAACAGUCCUUCUACGUUGGUCUUGCAGCUAGUGGAAUCAAAAUUCUACUUCCACGAUUGACAACGAUCCCGCGUUCACCGUUAAUACUCAUGCGGCUGUUAAUCACUCGCUUCGACUACAGACUGCUCAGCUUCCUUAUACUUUACAAGGCAAUAUAUAACGGGUGCAAUUGCACAUUGGAUACUUGGAACUAUUCUUUACUACGUUCGACACCAAUCAUGCGCGAUGCGAUAAGCGGGUUUCUGGCAGGCAUAGCAUAUCGUUGCUUCCCUAAUUACUUGCUGUUUACUUUUCCAAUUACUGAACUUGUCGAAUUGAGUUGGAUGGUCUACCUACGCAUAAAGAAUUUUCCCAAACAUUCCAUAUUUUUUUGGAUUGACCGAAAACUACCGGUUGCUAUGCUAUUGUAUACUGUUAGCUUGGGUUUGCUUUGCCACCUGCGUGUUGUCUAUCCCUACCAUACCAAUCACUACUGGCAUAGAUUAAUGGCGAAUGGAACAUGGGGGCGCUCGGAAACACUGGCACGAGGGUACGCUAGCGUUUUAUUGGGUUGA